AUUUCACCUGGUGCGUCACCGCGACGCCGAUGUGGAACCGCGCCUUGGAUUACUGCGGGUACCUCGCGUUGCUGUGGAAGGAGGAGUUUGCCGUCCCGGCCGACAGCCCAGCCAGGUACCCUGGUGGUGUCCACCCUCCCACGGCCGCCGCCAGCGACCCGCUGGAACCGUACGUCCAGUGGUCGGCGCUCGAGCAACUCCCCGUCGAAGGAAAGCCGUACCACCUGCUGGAUCCCCGCGGUCUGGUGGUUCUCG